ACAGUUUCUACUUUUGACAUCUUCAUUCAUUGUGCCGACAAAAUGUUGUAAAAUGCUGUUUUAUAAGUGAAUUUUAUACGAAUAACUUAGAAUUAUAUUUUAUUUUAUUGAGUGCAUGUGUGUGUUCGAGAAGUCUCAAAGGUCAAUUUGAUAAAAGUACAAGAGUACCUGCAAGAUUUUUGUAAAGAAAUUAUAUAAUAAGUGUUUUAUUAAUAUAUUUUAUACAAUGGCUUUGAACAAAUUGAGUAUCGAGAGUGUGGAUUUGGAAGGCAAGAAAGUUCUUAUGAGGGUUGAUUUCAACGUUCCGUUAAAAAACGGUGUUAUCACGAACAAUCAAAGAAUAGUGGCAGCUUUGGAUACGAUUAAGUACGCUUUGAAUAAAAAUGCUUUGAGUGUUAUUCUGAUGAGCCAUUUAGGACGUCCUGAUGGGCUUCCUAAAAAGGAAUACAGUUUGAGACCUGUUGCCGAGGAAUUGAAGAAACUAUUAAACAGGGAUGUGACAUUUUUGGAAGACUGUGUUGGCCCCAAAGUAGAACAAGAGUGCAAUAAUGCAAAGCAAGGCUCGAUUAUUUUGUUGGAGAAUUUGAGAUUUCAUUUGGAAGAAGAAGGUAAAGGUGUGGAUGCUUCCGGAAAUAAGGUGAAAGCAAAUCCGGAAAAAGGUAAAGAAUUUCGAGCUGGUUUAAGAAAAUUGGCUGAUGUAUAUGUUAAUGAUGCUUUUGGUACUGCCCAUCGUGCACACAGUUCGAUGCUUGGAGAACAUUUCGAAACUCGUGCAGCUGGUUUAUUGUUAAAUAAAGAACUUUGCUAUUUUGCCAAGGCCUUGGAUUGUCCACCGAAGCCCUUCUUGGCUAUUUUAGGAGGUGCAAAGGUUGCAGACAAGAUUCAACUAAUUGAAAAUUUGUUAGACAAAGUCGAUGAGAUGAUAAUUGGAGGAGGAAUGGCUUAUACUUUCUUGAAAGUUUUAAAUGGAAUGCAGAUUGGUUCGUCCUUAUAUGAUCAAGAAGGUGCCAAAAUUGUAGAAAAAUUGAUGGACAAGGCGAAGAAAAAUAAUGUACAAAUUCACCUGCCAGUUGAUUUUGUCACUGCUGAUUCUUUUUCAGAAACUGCUAAGGUGGGUUCUGCUGAUUUAAAAACAGGUAUCGAAAAGAAUUGGAUGGGUUUGGAUGUCGGUCCAAAAUCUAUUGAACUAUUUUGUGAACCUAUUCGAAGGGCUAAGAUUAUCGUUUGGAAUGGGCCAGCUGGUGUAUUUGAAUUUGAAAACUUCUCGACGGGUACAAAAGCCAUCAUGGAUGCUGUUGUAGAAGUUACGAAGAAAGGAACAGUCACUAUCAUUGGUGGUGGUGACACAGCCACUUGCUGUGCAAAAUGGCAAACGGAGCACCUGGUGUCCCACGUGAGCACCGGUGGUGGUGCCAGCUUGGAAUUGCUCGAAGGAAUGUUGCCAGGCGUGCAAGCACUCUGUGACAAAUAA